CAGGCCCGGUUCUCGUACCUGCACAUGAAGUACCUGUUCUUAUCCUGGCUGGCGGUGUUUGUGGGGAGCUGGGUGGUGUACGUGGAGUACUCGUCCUACACCGAGCUGUGCCGAGGUCACGAGUGCAAAAAUGCCAUCUGUGAUCAGUUCCAGAAGGGGGUUAUCGAUGGUUCAGCCUGUAGCAGCUUAUGUGAGAAGGACACCCUGUAUUUUGGGAAAUGCCUGUCUGCCAAAUCCAGUAACCAGGUUUAUUCUGGUAUGUGGGGUGACCUGGAGGGCAUCAUCAAGUGCCACAUGGAGGACGUUCCUCAUUACGACCUGGACGCAGAGCUGGAGCCGAGGAGAGAAGCUGCGGCCUUCAACCGACCCAUUAAAGGAACGUCUGUGGAGAAGUUUAAGGAGAUGAUCCUCAACCAUUUAAAGGCAAAGGUGGGCGAGCAGGCCAACCUCCAGGAUUUGGUGACUCUUGUGCUGGGCGUGGCUGAUGCCAACAAAGACGGCGAGAUCUCCCUGGCGGAGGCGCGGUCGUCCUGGGCCCUGCUGCAGCUGAACGAGUUUCUGCUGGCGAUCGUCCUCCAGGGGCGAGAACACACCCCGCGGCUGCUGGGAUUUUGCGGGGACCUGUACGUCGUGGAGAAGGUGCCAUACGCCCCGCUGUACGGCGUCAGCCUGCCCUGGGUGGUGGAAGUCUGGCUCCCGGCGGGUCUGCGGCGCAGCGUGGAUCAGUGGGCGGCGCCGUCGUGGCCUCGCAAGGCCAAGAUUUCCAUCGGCCUGCUAGAACUGGUAGAGGACGUCUUCCACGGGCCGUUCGGCAGCUUCCUGAUGUGCGACGUGAGCGCCGGGCACUUCGGGUACACCGAGCGGCACGACCUGAAGGUGCUGGACGCCCGGCGCAUCGUUCCCGAAGCCGCCUUUCACAAGGUGAUGCGCGAGCAGCGGUGCGAGUUGGACGACGACUGCGUGUACGGUGCAGACUGUUACACUUCCUGCGACCUCACGAAGCACCGCUGCACCACCGAGGUGACGCAGCCCAACCUGGCCAAGGUGUGCGGCACGCUGAAGGACUACCUGCUCUACAGAGCACCGCUGGACAUGAAGGACGAGCUGGAGAAGCAGCUGUACGCCUGCAUGGCGCUGAGAGGGAACAGCGAGCAGAUGGAGAUGGAGCACUCGCUCAUUCUCAACAACCUGAAGACGCUGCUGUGGAAGAAGAUCUCACACACGAAGGACUCCAAGUGA